CACCAAGAAAAACACAAUCGUUUAAUCUCACCCAAGAAGACAAAAACACACAGAGAGAGAAAUGGCGACGACAACUACAGAAGCAACGAAGACAUCAUCCACCAAUGGAGAAGAUCAGAAGCAAUCUCAGAAUCUUCGACAUCAAGAAGUUGGUCACAAGAGUCUCUUACAGAGCGAUGAUCUCUACCAGUAUAUACUGGAGACAAGUGUGUAUCCUAGAGAGCCAGAAUCAAUGAAGGAACUCAGAGAAGUGACAGCAAAACAUCCCUGGAACAUAAUGACAACAUCAGCAGAUGAAGGACAGUUCUUGAACAUGCUCAUCAAGCUCGUUAACGCCAAGAACACAAUGGAGAUCGGUGUUUACACUGGCUACUCUCUUCUCGCCACCGCUCUUGCUCUCCCUGAAGACGGCAAAAUUCUGGCUAUGGAUGUUAACAGAGAGAAUUACGAAUUGGGCUUACCGAUCAUUGAGAAAGCCGGCGUUGCUCACAAGAUCGAUUUCAGGGAAGGCCCUGCUCUUCCCGUUCUUGAUGAAAUCGUUGCUGACGAGAAGAACCAUGGAACAUAUGACUUUAUAUUCGUUGAUGCUGACAAAGACAACUACAUCAACUACCACAAACGUUUGAUCGAUCUUGUGAAAAUUGGAGGAGUGAUUGGCUACGACAACACUCUGUGGAAUGGUUCUGUCGUGGCUCCUCCUGAUGCACCAAUGAGGAAGUACGUUCGUUACUACAGAGACUUUGUUCUUGAGCUUAACAAGGCUCUUGCUGCUGACCCUCGGAUUGAGAUCUGUAUGCUCCCUGUUGGUGAUGUAAUGGAGCUUUCAAAGGAUCCGGAGAAAAAUUCUAUCAUGAUUGUUCCAGAGACACCCAUUAAAACAAAACAAUUUGAGAAAUUUUACGUGAGAAGGAAAUCUAUUAAGCUUCCACAAGAUUCAGUAAUUUCUCCUCAAGCAAUCAAAGAUCGUGGUGAAGAAGAGAGUAAGGAGAAGGUUUUUAUUCCUCAAGAUGAUUCACAAAACACUCAUCAGAAAGACGAGAAGAAGAAUUCAAAAGAAAAUCAUGAAAGAAAACGUGAUGAAUCAGAAUUUUUUCAAGAUGAUGAUUCACAACGUGUUACUGGAAAAGGAAGGAGAAAGAAUUCAAAAGGGACACCAAGAAAACAGAGGUUUAAUAGGCCCCGUAUCUUGGAAGAGGGGAAGAAACCAAGGAAUCCAGCCACUACUCGACUGAGAACUAUAUCCAAUAAGAGGAAGAGAAAGGACAUAGACAGUGAAGAUGAAGUUAUACCUGAGCCUGCAACUCCAAAAAGCAAACAAUCACGAAGGUCUAUGCGUAGGAAGAAUGUGGUUAGAUGGGCUAGAAUUGCUUCUGAAGACACACUCACGAGACAUGUUGGUUCUCUAGUCUCAAAGCGAAACAAGAAAAGUACUAAGAAUAUUGUUGAGUAUUUAAACCAACAAAUAUCUUAUCAGAAAGAUCACAGUCUCUCUUCUCUAGCAGAUGUUCCUUUGCACAUUGAAGACACACUAAUGAAAUCGGCUAGUUCUGUACUUCCAGAACAGCCCAUCAAGAAGACAAAGGAUAUUGCUAAGUUAAUCAAAGAAAUGGGAAGAUUAAAGAUCAAUAAAAGGGUAACAACGAUGAUCAAAUCUGCCAAAAAACUUGUUACUGCAAAGGUGAGUCUUGAUCCAGAGACCAUUAAAGAGUGGGAGCUCUUAAUGGUGAAUGAUCUUCCAAGUAGAUCAUAUGCUGACAAGGAGACAGAGGCCAAAUGGAAAAAAGAAAGAGAGAUUUUCCAAAGUCGGAUAGAUCUUUUCAUUAACCGGAUGCAUCUUUUACAAGGUAAUAGAAAAUUUAAGCAGUGGAAAGGCUCGGUUGUUGACUCAGUGGUUGGAGUUUUUUUGACACAAAAUGUAACCGACUAUCUUUCAAGCAACGCUUUUAUGAGUGUGGCUGCAAAAUUUCCUGUGGAUGCAAGAGAAGGUUUAGAAAGUCUAGCCUACUACAUUGAGGAACCUCAAGAUGUUAAUGAGUUAGUUGUUGAUGGCCAAAGACCAACCCAUAUAGGAAACAAUGAUGCUAAAAGUUCUGAGUUUAUCACUUUAUCUGAGUCGAUAUCAGAGGUAGAAGAACAUGAGAACACUGCAAAAAGGAAAAACGAGAAAACCGGUAUUAUGGAAGAUGAGACAGUUGACUGGAAGAUUCUUAGGAAGAUGUACACAAAAGAAGGAUCUCGUCCCAAAAUGCAUAUGGACUCUGUUAAUUGGAAUGAUGUGAGAUUAUCUGGCCAAAAAGUUUUUGAAACCACCAUCAGAAGACGUGGACAAUUCAGGAUUCUUUCAGAAAGAAUUUUGAAAUUUCUCAACGAUGAAGUUCAACAUAAUGGAAAUGUUGAUCUUGAAUGGCUCCGAAAUGCUCCAUCAGAUUUAGUGAAGAGAUAUUUGUUGGAGAUUGAAGGGAUAGGACUCAAGAGUGCUGAGUGCGUACGGCUAUUAGGACUUAAACAUCAUGCGUUUCCGGUUGACACAAAUGUUGGUCGUAUUGCAGUUCGACUUGGUUGGGUUCCCCUUGAACCUUUACCAAAUGGAGUUCAAAUGCAUCAACUAUUCCAGUACCCUUCAAUGGAUUCAAUUCAAAAAUACCUCUGGCCACGCUUGUGUAAACUUCCUCAAGAAACUUUAUAUGAACUACAUUACCAGAUGAUAACAUUUGGAAAGGUUUUUUGCACAAAAGUUAUUCCUAACUGUAAUGCAUGUCCGAUGAAGUCAGAAUGCAAAUAUUUUGCAAGUGCAUAUGUCAGUUCUAAGGUUCUUCUCGAGGGUCCAGAAGAAAAGAUGCAUGAGCCUGAUACUUCUAUGAAUGCAUAUUCUCAAGACGUUGAUGUAGAUAUGACAUCAAAAAUAAAUUUGAUAGAAGAAUGUGUUUCUCCUGGAUGUAGCGAUCAAGCUAUUUGUUGUAAGCCACUGGUUGAGUUUCCUUCUUCUCCUAGAGCGGAAAUUCCCGAGUCAACAGACAUUGAAGAUAUUCCAUGCAUAAAUCUUUCUCAGCUAUAUGCUAGAGUUCCUAAAAUUGAUUUUGACAUGGAUGCAUUGAAGAAAAACGUAGAAGAUGCACUUGUAACAGGUGGUAGAAUGUUGAGCAGUUCUGAUGAAGAAAUAUCAAAAGCAUUAGUGGUUCUCACUCCUGAAAAUGCAUGCAUUCCAAUCAAGCCGCCUCGAAAAAUGAAGUAUUAUGAUCGACUAAGAACUGAGCAUGUGGUUUAUGUGCUUCCUGAUAAUCAUGAGCUGCUCCACGAUUUUGAGAGAAGAGAACUUGAUGAUCCGAGUCCUUACCUUCUUGCGAUUUGGCAACCAGGUGAAACGUCAUCCUCGUUCAUUCCACCAAAGAAAAAGUGCAAUUCUGAUGGAUCAAAGCUUUGCAAGAUAAAGAGUUGUUCGUAUUGUUGGACUAUACGAGAACAAAGCUCCAACAUCUUUCGCGGAACAAUUUUGGUUUUUGCUGAUCAUGAGACGAGUUUAAAACCCAUUGUCUUUCCUAAAGAGUUGUGUGACGGACUAGAAAAACGUGCACUAUAUUGUGGUUCAUCGGUGACAUCCAUUUUUCGAUUUUUAGACACAAGACGGAUUCAACUUUGCUUUUGGACAGGGUUUUUAUGUAUGAGAGCAUUUGAUCGAAAGCAACGGGAUCCAAAAGAACUUGUUCGACGACUACACACUCCACCCGAUGAGAGAGGGCCAAAGUUUAUGAGUGAUGAUCUAUAGUUUUUUUUUCUGUCUAGUUUAGUAAAACAUUUAAUCGAAC